AUGCUUCGACGACCCCCAAUCGAAGGGCGGGGGUCCUCGCAACAGCAGAAAUUGUUUCUCGCCUUUGCCGUUAUAUUAUUGCCAUGGAUACAGCUCACAAACGCUCAACAGCAGCGUCAGCCGCUGCAUCAGGCUGCCCAUUCAAUCAUCUCUCCGCACGCUGCUGCCGAUGUCGAUGUAGACGCCCGAGAGAAUAGAAAACAGGCCCGCGAGGAGGCGGCAACAAUCGCUGCCUCCCACGCCAGCCGAAGUGGCCCUGCUCAAUGGGAAAACACGCCCAUCAGUGCCGUUAGUGCAGCUACGAUAGAGACGUCCAGCAGUGGUGACCGCAAGAGAUCGCCUCUGCGCGAGCAGAACAAGAAUAUCUAUCAGCAUCACCAAGAGAAGCCGCAUCAGCAGCACGCUCGACGCAGCUUGAAAAAGAAUUCACACCACGAUAACAUCCUCAUUCCUGACGAUGCGAGCGCCCCCGCAACUUUGGCUCCGGAUAACUCCGUCCGAGCACCAUCCCCUCCACGACGUCAACGUCAACAGCCCAGCAGCGCCUCUACUUCUGGGCUGACGACCUCGCAGCAAUAUGCGCGGAGUCUGGAGGAUUGGGAAGUGGAAGACUUUGUUCUAUUGGCGACCAUCGAUGGAGACCUAUAUGCCAAUGACCGCAGGACCGGUAAACAGCUUUGGCAUCUCCAGGUCGUCCAACCAAUGGUUGAAACCAUCCACUACCGAGGCAACACCUCCGUUCUCGACGACGAUCAUGAUGCAGUGGAUCAUUACGUUUGGGCAAUCGAACCCAAUCGUGACGGUGGCGUCUAUGUAUGGGUUCCGGAGCCAGGCGCUCGCCCGCGCUUCACCGGCUUCACCAUGAAGGAGCUGGUUGAAGAUCUUUCCCCCUACGCUGGAGAGGAACCAGGGCCAGCCGUCGUUUACGUCGGUGACAAGAGGACAACAAUGGUUACUCUCGACGCUGCCACGGGAAAUAUUCUCAAGUGGUUUGGUACUGGAGGCUCUCACGUUAAUCAAGCCGAGAGCUGCCUCAAGCCAAAUGCGUUGUAUGACACGGAUGCCGAAGAAUGUAGCACCACAGGCACCAUUACCCUUGGCAGGACUGAGUACACUGUUGGUAUUGAAAGGCGGGACGGAAAGCCCAUUGCCACUCUCAAAUAUGCCGAGUGGACACCAAACAACCGUGACAAAGAUUUAUUUCACCAGUAUCACGUUUCAAAGGACAAUCGCUACAUCUCAACCCAGCAUGACGGUAAGGUUUAUUCCUUUGACUAUGCACGAUCCGACUCCGACUCCAUGCCCACUCGCCUCUUCAGCCAGAAGUUUGAUGUUCCGGUCGCUCGCGUCUUCGACGUUUGCAGACCCGGUGAUGCGGCCCCAGGGAGCAACCCUGAUUUAAUUCUCUUGUCCCAACCAACCAUGCCAACUCCCGACGACCGUACCUCAAACAGUAUCUUCCUCAACCGAACCGAGACAGGUAGUUGGUAUGCACUCAGUGGCAGCUCGUACCCCCUCAUCCACGUGGCCCCAGAAGCUCAAGCUUCCCUCCCUGACGGGUGGGAGAGGAUGGACAAGUGGGACACCAUGACCGAGGCCAAGUUAUCCAAAUUAGUCGGCACUCACUCGCUUGGCAGCCGUCCCGCAACGCAGCAAUUUCCAAGACUGACAGACGGAAGCUCUGUUGGCGGCGGGCGAGAAGAUCCAGAUAAUGAAUCUGUCCUGCACGAUAAUCAGAAUAGCGAAGCUAACGAGUCUACCAUUGUGGAUAAGGUGAAGAACAUUCCACAAAGUGCUGCCACCAGCGUCUAUGAAUUCAUCAGCAAUCCAGUCUUGAUUAUUUUCAUAUUCGGUCUACUAGUCUACAACAGAAAAAACUUCACCAGAGCUUACCAGCUUUACCUCAAUGGGAGUAGCACAAAGGAUGCACUUUCCUACUUGCUCCCGGGAGGAGUCUCCGACGCGAAUACGGCGAACAAGGACCGCGAUUCCUCAGAACUCAGCGUGAAGGGCCCAGUGGAGUCGGGAGUGGACGACAACUCAACCGACACCGAAAAGCCAGAAGUGGAUAUGAAAGCACUAGGACAUAAAACCGGUGAUGAGGGCGUUGCACGGUCCGACCUUGAAACCCUGGCAGACAACGAUGGCUCCUCGAAGUCCGGGGCGAUAUCAUCCAAGCUACUUGCUGGUGAGGAGAAGGUAUCUAUCAGUGACGAGAUAGAGACUAAAUUGGUCGCCCCCAGUCCGGCGCCAGAGGGCAAGAAAAAGAAGGCCCAUCGUGGCCGUCGGGGUGGCGUCAAGCACCGCAAAGGUCGACCGCGUGACAGCUCGCAAUCCCGAGAGGACGAACCAGCCAACGCCACAGUCGAAGAGGCUGUUAGCAAUGCAAAGAAGCUUGGUGACAGGCCCGUGUGGGAGCCGGACGUGUUGACAGUGGCUAAUGAUAUGCAAGCUGUUUCUGGACCUAUUAUCAGAAUGGGUAACAUAGAAGUGAACCUUGAGGAACAGCUUGGAACUGGAAGCAACGGGACACUCGUUUUUGCCGGAAAAUUUGAUGGUCGCGACGUGGCAGUCAAGCGAAUGUUGAUUCAGUUCUACGAUAUUGCCUCACAGGAGACGAGGCUGCUGCGAGAAAGCGACGACCAUCCGAAUGUUAUUCGUUAUUAUUCUCAACAAACUCAAGGUGGAUUUCUAUUUAUUGCCUUGGAACGUUGCGCCGCAUCACUGGCUGAGAUAGUGGAACGGCCACAGUCGUACCGCGAGUUGGCCAAUGCCGGCAAACUGGACUUGCCAGGCGUGUUGUACCAAAUUACCAAUGGCAUCAGCCAUUUGCAUAAUUUGCGCAUUGUUCACAGAGAUUUGAAGCCGCAAAACAUCCUUGUGAAUAUGGGUAAGAAUGGCAAGCCUCGACUUCUCGUCUCGGAUUUCGGCCUCUGUAAAAAGCUGGAGAGCGAGCAAUCCUCGUUUGGAGCCACCACUGGUAGAGCUGCUGGAACAUCUGGAUGGCGAGCGCCGGAGCUCCUACUUGACGACGAUGGCCGAGACCUCAAUCUGAUGGAGGCCAGUACUCAUAGCGGAUCUGGCUCCGUUCUCGUCCAGGACCCUACAAUGCCCAACCAUCGACGAGCUACACGGGCUAUCGACAUUUUCUCCCUUGGUCUCGUCUUCUUUUAUGUCCUGACUAAUGGUUCUCAUCCAUAUGACUGUGGUGACAGGUACAUGAGAGAAGUCAACAUUCGAAAGAACAACUACAGCUUACAGCUGCUGGACGUCCUGGGAGACUUCGCAUACGAGGCAAAGGACCUGAUUACAUCCAUGCUUGAUGCCAAUCCCAAACAACGACCGAAUGCCAACGAGAUUAUGUGCCAUCCAUUUUUUUGGUCCGCCAAGAAGAGAUUGUCGUUCUUAUGUGAUGUGUCUGAUCACUUCGAAAAGGAGCCCCGCGACCCUCCAUCCAUAGCUCUGGAAGAAUUGGAAAGACAUGCCCCAGACGUGACAAGAGGCGACUUUUUGCGGGUGUUGCCACGAGAAUUCGUCGAUUCUCUGGGAAAGCAACGCAAAUAUACAGGAUCACGACUCCUAGAUCUUCUCCGAGCCCUUCGAAACAAGCGGAACCAUUAUGAGGAUAUGCCGGACUCGUUGAAGCGCCAAGUGGGACCCCUUCCAGAGGGAUACUUGAGUUUUUGGACAACGAGGUUCCCGCAGCUACUUCUCGCAUGCUGGAACGUCGUAUACAAUGUGCGAUGGGAGGAGACAGAUCGGUUUCGCGAGUAUUAUGAGCCAGCGGGCUUGUAG